AUGAAUACCGAUGAGUUUGGUGGCAUGAUAAAGGUGAUGGACAGCACCUACAGUAGUGUAGAAAACGCGACAGAUUUGGGCUCAAAACAUAAUGUCAUGAUUUCGGUUCGAGAUGGAACCCAAGGCAGCGAGGAGUGGUACUUACAAUCCGGUUGUUCAACGCAUAUGACGGGGAGAAAAGAUUGGUUUGUGCAAAUCAAUCAGGUGGCGAAAAAUAAAGUGAAGUUUGCGGACGAUUCCACUCUCAUGGCCGAAGGUGUCGGUGAUGUGUUGAUCGGAAAGAAUAAUGGUGGACAUUCUAAGAUCAAAGAUGUGCUAUAUAUUCGGAGUAUUAAAUGUAACCUUUUAAGUAUUGGCCAAUUACUUGAGAAAGGUUACCAUAUACGCCGGGAAGAUAAGAUCUUGCGAGUUGUCGAUGCUAGUGGUGUGUUGAUCCAAAGGCUCCUAUGGCUUCCAAUAGGACUUUCAAUGUUGAGAUGA